CCCGAGCAUGCAGUGCUUCCCCGGGCUGGUGCUGGCGCUGAGCUCGCUGCUGGGUGCCCUGGCGCUGCUGCAGCUCUCGCUGCACCUGCGGGUGCCGUCCCGCUACGGGAAGCACGAGGAGCGGCUGUGCCGGCCGCGGGGCCGGCUGCCGGCGCGCUGCGCCUGGUUCCUGCAGGAGCUGCCCUCCUUCCUGGUGCCCGCGCUGCUGCUGGCGCUGCGCAGCCCGCCCCGCCUCGAGCCGCUCGGCUGCCGCCUCCUCUGCUGCCUCUUCUGCUGGCACUACUUCUACAGGACAUUUAUUUACCCUUUCUUCACUAGAGGCAGACCUUUCCCACUGCAAUUGCUUUUCUUUGGCAUGUUAUUCUGUAUCUAUAAUGGCUUCCUCCAGGGGUACUACCUGAUUUACUGCGCUGAAUACCCAAACAAUUGGUGCACCGACAUCCGAUUUACAUCAGGCCUCCUCUUAUUUCUGCUGGGAAUGGGAAUCAACAUUCACAGUGAUCUCCUGCUGCGCCAGCUGAGGAAACCCGGAGAAGUCACGUACAAGAUUCCUCAAGGAGGACUGUUCACCUAUGUUUCUGGAGCCAACUACUUUGGAGAAAUUGUGGAGUGGUUUGGUUUUGCCAUUGCAACCUGGUCCCUACCAGCCUUCGCCUUUGCCUUUUUCACUCUUUGCUGCAUUGGUCCACGUGCUUAUCACCAUCACAGGUACUACCUCAAGACAUUUACGGACUAUCCAAAAUCAAGGAAAGCCUUGAUUCCUUUUGUUUUUUAA